CACGCCCUCCCCAGAGUAGCUCCCGCUACGGCCCCGCCCAUAGGGGGCUGAGACCUCUGUGAGCCACGUGAAAACUCAUCUACGCCCAGAAACACUAUUGGCUGCGGUGGCGUGGGAAGCUCCACAGUAGCCAAUCGGGACGAGCUCUGGGCGCUGCGAGGGCGGGGUGGGGCACCCACGCUUCCUCAGGAGCCAAUAGAGAAGAGGGACAGCGAAGCGCUUCCGGAGUUCGGGGGUUGGCGGAAGAUGGCGGCUGCCAGAGGGGUUUGGUGCUUAUGCGGGAUUCUGAGGUUUUUUUACUCAUUAUUCCUCCCUGGGCUGAUUGUGUGUGGAACUUUGUGUAUAUGUUUGUUCAUGAUCCUUUGGGGAAUCAGGCUGCUGCUACAGGGGAAGAAGAGGGCAGCGUCAACCAGCACAAAUGGGAAGAACCACGUGGUGAUCGCAUUUUUUCACCCAUACUGCAAUGCUGGUGGCGGAGGGGAAAGAGUUCUAUGGUGUGCUCUAAGGGCCCUGCAGAAAAAGUAUCCUGAAGCAGUUUAUGUUGUUUAUACCGGUGAUGUCGAUGUCAGCAGCCAGCAGAUGCUGGAAGGGGCUUUCAGAAGGUUUAAUGUCAGGCUGAUUCGCCCCGUGAGGUUUGUUUUCUUAAGGAAACGCUACCUUGUGGAAGAUUCACUCUAUCCUCACUUCACUCUGCUGGGCCAAAGUCUCGGAUCCAUUCUUCUUGGCUGGGAAGCUCUGAUGCAGUGUGUUCCAGAUGUUUACAUCGAUUCAAUGGGCUACGCCUUCACGCUUCCUCUGUUUAAGUAUUUAGGCGGUUGCCGAGUGGGAAGCUAUGUUCACUACCCCACUGUCAGCACGGACAUGCUCUCUGUAGUGCAGAAUCAAAAUGUUGGGUUUAAUAACGCAGCCUUCAUUACCAGGAAUCCGGUUCUCAGCAGAGUCAAGCUCGCCUACUACCGCAUCUUCGCCGUCGUCUACGGGCUGGCCGGCUCCUGCAGUGACGUGGUCAUGGUCAAUUCUUCCUGGACUCUGAACCACAUUCUCUCCCUGUGGAAGGCCGGGAACCGCACAAGCGUUGUUUACCCGCCAUGUGACGUGCAGGCCUUUCUGGACAUUCCCCUAUGCGAGGCAGAGGCGGCCCCGGGCCAUCUACUGGUCUCUGUCGGCCAGUUCAGGCCUGAGAAGAACCACCCUCUGCAGAUCAGAGCCUUUGCUAAGCUGCUGAGUGAGAAGGUGGCUGAGCCCCGUCCUGCCCUGAAGCUCAUCCUCAUUGGAGGUUGUCGUAACCAGGAUGACGAACGUCGGGUAAACCACCUGAGAAGGCUGUCAGAGGAUCUGGGAGUUCAAGAAGCUGUGGAAUUUAAAAUAAACAUUCCAUUCGAUGAAUUAAAGAACUACUUGUCAGAAGCAACAAUUGGUCUGCAUACCAUGUGGAAUGAGCAUUUUGGGAUUGGAGUUGUUGAGUGUAUGGCUGCUGGCACGGUUAUCCUGGCACACGAUUCAGGGGGCCCGAAGCUUGACAUCGUCAUUCCCCACGCUGGGGCGAUAACGGGGUUUCUGGCCGACGGUGAGGAAGGCUACGCUGAGACCAUGGCCCAUAUUCUUUCCAUGUCUCCAGAGAAGAGACUUCAAAUCAGGAAUAAUGCCCGGGCGUCUGUGAGCAGGUUCUCCGACCAGGAGUUUGAGGUGUCAUUCCUGUCGUCUGUGGAGAGUUUAUUUAAAUAACGCCAUAUCUGUACAGAUUAAAGAUUUCUUAUAUAAGAUGGCCAAA